AUCAGGAGAUUUUAGUAUUCUAUUUAAUCGAUUACUGUCGGCAUGAAUAUUAAAAAAUUCAAUCUCCUGUUAUGAUUGAAUACCAGUUUAAGUCGAUGAUAUUGCGGACAGUCGUUAUAGAAAGAAUAGAAACAGCUGGCAGCGCAAGGACCGUUUUUCUAUAAUUAUUUGAGUAAAUAGAAUCAAAUAGAAGGAAAUGCAUUUAGUUCAAAUAGUUGGAUUUGGAGCAUGCGCUGGUAAACACACUAGCGAGAUAGAAUAGUCUGUAGAUGAUCAGGCAUGCACCGAGACGCGUUCUUGCUAUAGGAAUAUACAGUAUAAUAUACGCUAUUAGCGAUCGCUAUACUUUUCUGUUGAUCAAGGCCAAUUCAUCCCAACAUCAUGGACUGUACAAAGGAAAUAUCGAAAUAUCAGAAAGAGACGAUCCAUUCAGAUGUUAUGUGCUCUUUAUAACAACAAAGGCAAACAACACAAGCUGAGCUUCUGGUCAGAGGCAACCCUAUGCUGAGAGGACACAACAGCCCUGAGGAGGCUGGCCAGCCAGGUGGGUGGGCAGAGGCAGGCUGAGAAUGCAGCAAGGAAGCUGAGGAAGAGCUGAGCAGGAAGAGACCAACAUCCAGAGCUGCUGCACACAGCCGUCCAUCAGGGGGGACGCUCACGCUCGCCUGGACCAUGAGCAAUGAGUCUACCGUCUGGAUCAACCUCACCGAGAACUCCACCGGGGUCUCAUUUGAGCCUGGUAAACAACAGGAUGGUUACGUCCUGCUGCUGGUGCUCCUGUCCAUUUUCCUGGUCCUGCUGUCUGUCCUGCUGAUCAUCUGCAGACGCUGCUGUGAUGGAGACUGCCGCCAUGCCAGGGCCAGCGAUGACCCUGAGAAAACCAACACCAGCUACAUGGAGGAGUCUCAACCAGUCCAUGGAGAGAUCACCAUCCGUGUAGACGAGUCAGACUGCCUAUCGGCCGCCAGCUCCCACAUGGACAUGGAGACAGAGCGCUUCCUGUCCACGGGCACCCAGGGCGGCCGCCGCGUCUCUUUCAACGAGUCGGCACUCUUCGACCACGGAAAGAAGGCCCAGGAAAAAGGCCGCAGGUUCACUUUGACGGAGGGUGACUUCCACCACCUGAAGAAUGCGCGGCUCACACACCUCCACAUCCCGCCACUGGCCCUCAAGAUCGUCACCAUCCACGAGUGUGAGUCAUCGGAGAACAGCAUCGCCAUGACGACCCGCCCCGCCGCCAAGUCCAGCCUCUCCAUCUUCCAGCCGGCUCUGUGUGCCCGAAGGCCCCAGUGUCCCCUGCCCCAGACAGCAUUGACCAGUCUGAGUGUCAGCCCCAGCUCAGCCCUCCCUGGGGACACCCUUAACUCAGUGGUGGACACCAGCUUCAGUGAGAAUCCCCCGGCCCCCGGUACCAAGGAGCCCAGCAUCAGCAGCAUUGAGGUGAUGGUAUCUGGCUCCAGGAAUGGGGGAAGUCCGUCUUUGAGUGAAGGGGCAUCGGUGAUGUCUGUGACGGGUGCAUCUCCUGGCACGGGGGUGGGGCAGGGCCCCGUGCUGCAGUUCUUCACCAAACUGAGGCGCCAUGCCAGCCUGGAGGGAGCAAGCCCAUACUUCAAGAUCAAGAAGUGGAAGCUGGACAGCAGCCAGCGGGCCUCCAGUCUGGACACCAGAGGGUCCCCUAAGAGGAGGCAGUUCCAGCGGCAGCGCGCUGCCAGUGAGAGCAUGGACCAGGAGGAUAGCGACGCCCACCACAUUGACCUCAUCCAGUACAUUGCCCGCACCCAGGACGCCACCUACCGCCCCUCCGUCUCCGCCUCGACCUGCCUCCUGCCCCACACCUCCCCCUCCACGCCACCACACUCCCUCGGCAGGUUAGAGGUGGAGGUGGUGGUGGAGCCCAGCUGCAGCAGGGGCCAGAGGCCGGAGGUGAUCGGCCUGUCCCCGGAGCCCCAGGACGAGGCAGCGAGCCAGGGGGACUGUAGACAGGAGAGCUCGACAUCAGACCACCAGGCCCUGUACAGAGACAUCUGGACGCUCCGGUCCUCCCUGGAGCAGUACGGCUCCUCAGACCAGAUCAGCAACAACCGCAGCGACGCUGACAGUGUCUGCUCCCUGGGGGGGCGGACCAAGAGGGGGGGGCUGCCUAGUUACCCCUCCCAGGACAUCGGGGACGGGGAUGAGCCCGAGGGGGACGUGGAGCUGCCCGUGGAUGAAGGGAUGGGAGAGAAGGAGAAAGGGGGGAAGCAGGACAGUUUGGAGUCAGAGAGGGGCAGUGACGGGGAGUCAGGGAACCGUAAAUUAAUGCAGAUGGACAGUGGCUAUACGUCUAUAGAGGCUCCAUCACGGGCACCAGAGGAGCUGAGACUGUUUGGCAGUAGUGGCAGUAUGGACAGGUUGGCCCUGGAGAAGAGACACUACUUCACCAGUGCAGGGAGCACUGGCACGGUGGGCGAGAGCUUCGAGGCCCGCAUCUUCGAGGAAGAGCCAGAUGAGGAGACGCCGGCAGGUGCGACGGGCGGCGUCACCAUAGAAACGGACAGGUCACCCCUGGGCUGGUCUCCGUAUGGUCAGAUGUUCACCCCGCAAGAGGCGCAGCCGCACCCCCACCCCCCCUUAUCAAUUCACCGCCGCGACUACAGCAUCGACGAGAAGACGGACGCGCUCUUCCACGAGUUCCUCCGCCACGACCCCCAGUUUGACCAGCAGGAGACGCCGAAGAAACAUCGCUCGCGCAUCCACCUCCGCAAGCAGUGGCAGCGCCACAAGCAGUACAGCGACCCAGGCGUUCGCUACCAGCAUCACUCGUUCGAGAGGCAGCGGAACCCCCUCCGACGAGGCGAUAGCGUCAACUACCCGCUGGACACAGGCUACCACAGCACGCUUCCACGCAUCGUCAGUGCGCCUGAUGAGGAGGCCAGCGAGGGGGUCCCCAGCACCCCCCAGACGCCCAAGGCCGAGGCGGUGGUGGUGGGAGGGGCAGGAGAUGCCGAGGUGGAGGAAGGAGACAGGAGGAGAGAGAGUCUCAGCAGUACCGUGACCAUCAGAGACGACAACGGGAGGGCAUCCUGUUCCCCUCCCCCUGUCCCUGAGAGAGAGGGGCUGCUAGGGGAGCAGCCCAACCCCCAGGAGGACCCUAGGCUGGCGGGGCACCCCCCUGAGCCCCCUGAUGAGCCCCCCCAGCCCCCUGACAAGGGCUACGGCCCACAGACCAUCACAGCCGAGCUGACGGACAAGCUGAGCGCCACCCUGGAUGAGCGGCUGUACACGGGCCUGCGACAGAUAAAGGACACGGCGGUGGUGACUGAGUGUGUGGUGACGGAUACUCAUGCCUCCCCCGACCAUAGCCCAGUGUAGCAUGGCUCCAGUCCUCCUCCACUCCUCCUUGAUCUUUGUGUUUGAUUUGAUUUCAGUCUGCGCCGGGUAACUACAAUGUCUCUGUAUCGGUCUGAAUUAGCAGGUUCCAGACCCGUAACAUGAAAACAGGCUACACUAUACAGUAUCAUGUAGACUAGCUGAAUAAUCCACCCCUAGAUAGUAUCUACAGUACCGUAGUGUCUCUGACUGGUGUGAUUCCUUUCUCCUCUGAGAGAAGUGACGAUGUUAAAGGGAAACUCCACUCAAAAACUAUAUUUUGGUAUUAUUUUCAUUAGUCCACUGUUGAUACAGUCCCAAAAUGUUUUGCAUGUCAGC